GGUAUACUAAUGGGAUUCUUUUCAGUUCAUAAUCAUGGACAUACAAUAAAAUCACUUUUCAUUCAGUCAUUUUUUCCAUUCUUUGAAAUAUACAAUGAAAUACCAUUAAAACCUAUUGAAUCUAAGCAUAAUUCUGAUUCACUACAUGUACUAACUUCAUUAAAAGAAUUUUGGAGUGUUAUUUUCACAAAUCUUACGUCAAUAUGGUCACAAAUUCGUCUUUGGUGGUAUAAUUGUUUCCCUUCAACUACAUCAUCAGUCAUAUAUACAAAUAAAUUAUCAGCUGAUUUACAGCCAAAAUUUAAGUUCAAUGUUGAUGCUGUUAAAAUUAUUCAAGUCAUCAUAUCUCUAGUUGGACUUGGCAUUAGUAUACGACUAUUGUUUUAUUUAAUUGAACAAGUUAAUCCAACUAUGAAAGAAAAACGUGAAUGUCGAAAACGUGCGCAAGAAAUUUUCAAAGCUAUUGGAUUGAAAAAUGUACCGAAAUUAAAUGACUAUGAAGUAUGCGUUGCUGUAAAUUUAGUUGAUCCACAAGUUUUAAACACAACGUGGAAUUCUAUUGGAGGUUUGGACUCUAUUAUCCACGAAAUUAAAUAUGGUGUACUUGAACCGUUACGAGCAAAACGAUUAUUAUCAAUAAAUUCAAGAUUAUUACAACCACCUAAAGGUGUAUUACUUUAUGGACCGCCUGGUUGUGGUAAAACACUACUUGCUCGUGCUAUGGCACAUGCUGCACAUGCUAGUUUUUUGAAUCUUCAAAUAAGCACUCUUGUAAAUAUGUGGUAUGGUGAAACACAAAAGUAUGUAGAAGCUACAUUUAGUCUUGCUGAGAAAAUUCAACCAACUAUUAUUUUUAUAGAUGAAUUAGAUUCUUUUUUAACUACACGUUCUCAUUUGGAUAACGAAGCGACACGUAUGAUGAAAACUCAAUUUAUGUCUUUAUGGGAUGGAUUAAUAACAAAUAAUAAUACUCAAAUAGUAGUUGUAGGCGCAACAAAUAGACCUGGAGAUUUAGAUCAAGCUAUAUUACGUCGUUUAUCUUUUAAGAUAAAUGUUCCACUUCCUAACGUAAAUCAAAGAAAGCAUAUCUUAAAAGUACUUCUUAAGGAUGACCCAGUUGCUAAAGCUCUCAAUGAAGACGAUUUCAUGCAGAUCGCUAGUAAAACUGAAGGACUUUCUGGAAGUGAUCUGUCUGAACUAUGUCGUAAAGCAGCAUUUGCAUGUCUAUGGUCUUUUCUUGAAGGUGAUGAUACGCGAGCUAGUUUACUAGUAACUGUAGACCACUUUACACAAGCUUUGCAUAAAUAUAUGAACGAUAAAAUUAAACUUUCACCUUUGGAUAAUACAAACUUCUUUCCUUUGGACUGAAUUUAUCAAUCAUUCAUAUAAUCCAAUAUCUCUUACCGAAUUUUUCUGAUUAUUAUUAUUAUUAUUAUUAUUAUUAUUAUUAUUAUUAACUCAAUUCGAUAUAUGUUUGUAUUUAUUGUUUCGAAAUGUUGAAACAUUUCAACAUUUUCAUUUAUUUUUUUGUUUGCACUUAGUUUCCUGUGUAAACAUUUGAAUGUUAUUCGAUGAUUGACUCAAUAAAGUUAUUUUGGUUGGAUUAUUUUCUUUUUCUUCGUUGUUGUUGAUCGAAUACAUUCCUACGUAUGUAUAAAAACAAAUUUUGGAAAGUAACUCUUAAACAAAACAAAACAAAACAACUCACCAUGUUUUAUAAAUAUAUAGGAAUUGAAAAUGUUAUAUUGAUGAUCAUUUCUGAAGAUG